AUAACUCAUUUUGAUCUGUUUAAAUCUUUGCUGAAAGAGUUGGUUUUCUCAUUCACGAUGAAUACUUCUUCAGCUUUCGAUAAAGAAAAUGCUAAGGGGAAAGAGAAAUGCAAUUGUUGCUCUUAUUGUGACAGAGCAUUUGACAAUUAUGAAGGUCUUGAAGAUCAUAAAAAAAUGCAUGAAGCUGAGUUUAAGCGACUUGUCAAUCAAAGCAAUCCUUUUCAUAAUUCAAUGGAUAUCACCAAGCCCAUUUUUGGUUAUGGAAAUGUCUCAAUGAAAACUUUGUAUGGAGGUACAACAAUCAAUCCUUGUGUAACAAAAGGAAAUUGUUAUGGUGACAAUAACAGAGGAGACCAUAAUUCAUUGUUCAUGACUUCAAGUUAUUCUUUUACAAGAACCAACAAUGCAUCCUUGGUAGCGUCACUUCCAAAUAAGGAGAUUGAUCCUUGUGUAAUGAAAGGAAAUUGUUAUGGUGGUAAUAGCCGAGGAGACCAUAAUUCAUUGUUCAUGCCAUCAAAUUAUUCUUUUACAAGUAGCAACAAUGCAUCCUUGGUAGCGCCAAUUCCAACUAAGGGGAUUCCUUGUGUAACAAAAGGAAAUUGUUAUGGUGGUAAUAGCCAAGGAGAUCGUAAUUCAUUGUUCAUACCUCCAAAUUAUUCUUUUACAAGAACCAACAAUGAAUCCUUGGUAGCAACAAUUCCAACUAAAGGGACCAUUCCUUUUUCUCAGUAUGUGAACCAUCCAAUUUAUAUGGGUUCCUCUAAUAAUUAUAUAGGUCACACACCAAGUGCAAGUUCUGGUAUAAGUCAUCAAUUUGAUGCUAGCAAUUCGCAAUUUUUUAUUGAUGAUUUUACCAUACCUUUUAGAAGCAAAUUUCAAAAUAUCAAACCUAAUGGUAGCCAUCUUCCAUAUCCAAUCUCUGUUAGAAAUCCUUCUUUACCAGGUUAUCACAUGACUGAACGUGGUUUAUCCAUAUUCCCUUAUUCUAUUAAGCCUUUUUUUGUUGAUACCCAAACACACUCUAUUAGCUUAAACAAUAUUCACCAAAUUUAUGAGAGAGUGAAAAAACACAAUAGAGAUGAAGUCCAAGAAAAAAGUUCAAUGAUGAAUCCACCCAAAAGGCCCAAUAUCAACUACGGUCCACUUGUCUGUCAUGAAAGAGAGAUGCUACAAAAGAAUGAAUCACUUUUUUCUACCAAAGAUGCCAAGCUUAAAGCUAUAGGUGCAAUUGUCUUCAAUGAUGAAGGAAAGAUUGGUUCUACUUCAGAGAGCAAAAAUAAUACAAAAGAACAAGAAGAUGAUGAUUUGGAUCUUUCCCUUCAUUUAUAGAUAUGUAUUUCUUUGUUAUGAAUAUCAUGCAUAUGAGUUUAAAUUAAUCUAGUAAAAUUUUUCUCUUUUUUAUGUACUCAAUAAUGAAAUAUUUAGUUAAUGCAUUUGUAUUUUAUGCA